AUGGGAGGUAUACUUAAGAACCCGCUGGCUUUAUCACCGGAACAGUUAGCGCAGCAAGAUCCGGAAACGCUUGAGGAAUUUAGAAGACAGGUUUAUGAAAAUACGCAGAAGAAUGCUAAAUUGACAUCACACAAGAGGAAUAUACCGGGACUAGAUCAUGCAGGAGAAGAGACGGAAGUAGCUGGAACAUCGAAAGCCUUUCUUCCAAAGGAUACCUUGUCAUUGAAACAUGAGCAAGAUAUGUUGGCCAAAAUGACACCGGAGGAGAGGGUUCAGUGGAAUCAGAGGAAUUUGGCCGAAAAUGAAAUAACGAAACAGCAAUUCCAGGAUAUCCAUAUAGAUGAGCCCAAGACCCCCUACCAAGGUGCUGUAGACCCCCACGGAGAGUACUACAGAGUAGAUGAUGAUGAAGAAGAGGAUAAAAGACGUAGUCAGGUGGCAAACGACGAUAUCGACGAUUUGUCACUGGGGGAACCGGAAUUCGAAAUCAAAGAGAACAAACAGCCUGAUAUCGAGACGAAUGAUGAGAAUGAUGAGAAUGACGAAGAUUCUUCAGAAGCUAGGCAUAAAAAAUUUGAAGAAAUGAGGAAAAAGCAUUACGACGUAAGGGCUAUUUUCAACAAAAAGUCUCAUCAAGGGCCUGAGGAUGAAAAUGAAGAUGCCAAUACGAGAAAAGAACAAUAA